AUUAAGUCAACGUGGAUAAUUUACACUUUAACAAACAAUGCAAUCAUGUUUUUGUUUCGUUUAACGACCGCCAUGUUGUAGCCCGCUAAGCUAGCUGAUGCUAACGGUUGUUGUCAUGGUCAAACGUUCAAACUGAACUUUAUUAAUCUCAGCUCGUCCCGAACAACCGGAGUGUGAGAGGAUCGCUGAGCUGAAGCUGCGACAUGAGGAGACUCACGAAGAAGAAAACUCUGACUCUGGUCAAAGAGCUGGACGCUUUCCCCAAAGUCCCCGAGAGCUACGUGGAGUCCACAGCCAGCGGUGGGACAGUGUCUCUGAUCGCCUUCAGUCUCAUGGCGGUUCUCGCCCUCCUGGAGUUCUUUGUGUACACGAACACGUGGAUGAGAUACGAGUACGAGGUGGACAAAGACUUCAGCAGUAAACUCAGGAUCAAUGUUGACAUCACAGUUGCUAUGAGAUGUCAAUAUAUAGGUGCAGAUGUCCUGGAUCUGGCAGAGACCAUGGUCGCAUCUGAUGGUUUAAAAUAUGAACCAGUCAACUUUGAACUGUCUCCACAUCAGAGAUUGUGGCACAUGACUCUUCAGCACAUCCAGGAGCGUCUGAGAGUCGAGCACGCUCUGCAGGACGUCCUCUUCAAGGCUGCGUUAAAAGGAGAUCUUCCUGCUCCCGAACAAAGUGACGGCAGCCCCACUUCCCUCACCGCCUGCAGGAUACAUGGACAUCUGUAUGUUAACAAAGUGGCAGGAAACUUCCACAUCACUGUUGGCAAGUCCAUCCCUCAUCCCAGGGGUCACGCUCAUCUAGCUGCUCUCGUCAGCCAUGACUCUUAUAACUUCUCUCACCGCAUUGACCACCUCUCCUUUGGAGAAGCGAUUCCUGGGAUUAUCAGCCCGCUGGACGGCACAGAGAAAAUCUCUGCUGAGCCUAACCACAUGUUUCAGUACUUCAUCACCAUCGUGCCAACCAAGCUGAACACGUACCAGAUUUCUGCUGACACACAUCAGUACUCAGUCACAGAGCGGGAGCGAGCGAUAAACCAUGCUGCAGGCAGCCAUGGAGUCUCAGGGAUCUUUAUGAAAUAUGAUAUCAGUUCUCUGAUGGUCCGAGUCACUGAGCAGCACAUGCCUUUCUGGCAGUUUCUCGUCAGACUCUGCGGCAUCAUUGGAGGAAUUUUCUCCACCACAGGUAUGCUCCACAGUAUGGUCGGCUUCCUGGUGGACGUCGUCUGCUGUCGCUUUCAGAUGGGAAUCUAUCGACCUCUGAAGGAGGCUCCUCUGAAUGAACAGGGAAACAGUGAAACCUCAGUUCCUCCGGAGGAUUUCUCACAACAAUGAGACGACAGAAACUCUGCUGCAGUCGACUGACGACUCCCCAGCUCGGCCUAAACCACUAAACAGUAGAACCUGACUCAUGUGGGUUCUUGGGCGGAUGCUGAGAUUAAGGAGCUAAAAACAAUUCUGAUACAGAUUCAUCAGCCAAUAUUUAUAUAUUGAAGAAGCGCGAAUACAACUAAAUAUAUAGAACAGGAAUUGAGAAAAUAAACAUUUUUAACAUGGAAUGUCAACAUGAAUACACACAUUUUCUGCAUUGCUUAUCCUGCAAAAUAAGUUUAGAUAUCGGUCUGUAAAAGGCUCAUACUGACCAGCUGAGAAAUUGGUCGGGCUCUACCAGUCAGCAGUGACAUGCUGGGAAAAUGUUUACAAGUUGUUUUAUCUUAAAAUGUGUAAAUAUUUGUAUCUUGUUUAUUUUUAUUGGAUGGGUGUUUGAUUGUUAUUGGUACCUCCUCUAAUGAUCUAGUUAUUUCCACUGGAAGUGUUCACCAGGACUGAACUAGACAUGAUUUACAUCAUUAUUACAGUCAUUUCUGCUGAUUCUCUCGGUUAUAUUUCCGUCCACACACUUAAUUGACAGAUUUAAGCUUUUUUCUGAUUUUCUUUUUUUCCAUAUUCUUUGGUGAUGUCAGAAAAAAGCAGCGUAUCAGCUCCACUUCAAUCAAAGAGCUACAGUGAAGUAAGAACCUGUUCAGCACCUUUUAGAAGUGUGAAAAGUCUCGAGGGAUUUUAGGAUUUUAGGUUGUUCCACGUCGUGCCUGUGUGUAAAUGAUUGUUGCAAACAUGAGGCUGACUUAAAUAAAAUCCACUCUGAUGUGGUUUCAUUGUUAAUAAUUA